UGACUUGGUACAGGCCCCCGUCUGAUUGAUGUUGCUCAGGCGGUUUUUCUUCCCUUUUCUCUACAUUGUAUAAUAGCCACCAAAAGCAACGGAAAAUGAGCAGCUCAUCUGCGCGGACGAAGUUUCGAUCCGCCCUCGUUGCAGGCUCCCUCCUUACCCUUUCCUAUACACCACAGUGUUUCGCGGCGACAGAUAGCCGCGCAUGCUACGACUCCAAGAACAAUAUCGUCUCACACCAGCCGUGCGUAGCACCCGGUACUAAGGCAGUUUCACACUGCUGCUCCACGAUCGAUACCUGCCUUGGCGACACGCUUUGCCUCAGCCAAUUCGGAACACUCUACGUCGGCUCCUGUACAAUCAAGGACUGGUCGGGGGGCAACCAAGGGCGCGGCGACUGCCCAAAGUACUGUAGCACUCAAGGUCUGGAUAUCGGGCUGUGCAAUUUCACGUCACAAGGGUGGGAGUUUUGCUGUGGUGCGCUGAAGGGAAUCGAUGAGUGUUGUGCAGGACAAAGGUUUACGAUUCAAAAUACUACGAAUCAAUAUCUGCAGCAGAGGGUGUGGAAUAAUGCCAACGGGUCCGAGAGCCCGUCGCCUUCGACAAGCUCCGCGGCAGCAGCAUCAUCAUCAUCAUCAUCAUCAUUAACAAGUUCCUCUACCAAUUCGAGCCAAUGUCCAGCGCCUGCUAGCAACAGCAGCAUGGGAGCGCUGAUUGGCCUUGGUGUUGGACUCGGGAUACCUUUACUCAUAGCUCUGGCUCUGUUGUCAUGGGAGAAUCGCAAGCGACGACAUGCGGAGGCGCAAGCGCAACUGACGCAUCAUAGUGCUCAAUACCAGGUGCACGAGGUUGGAGCAGGAAAUGUCAAGUCAGAGCUGGCGUCCCAUGAGCCGGUCCAUGAAUUGGCAUCUGAAAGGGAAGGACAUGAGCAGAGGUGGAGAUCAUGAUAGAAAGCUGUACACGUAUGACUUCAGUCAGAUGUCAGUAGCAGGAAUAGGAUGCCAGUAUCUGCUAUGGCGACGGCCAUGGAAAGAUGUAAGGAAU